AUGAGCGGGGCCGGGGCCGCGCUGCGGGGGCAGCGCCGGGCGCUGCGGGAGGGGCUGUCGGAGCUCCGCGCCCGGCGGGACGAGCUGAGCGGGCGGAUCCGGGCGGAGGAGGCGGAGCGGGGCCGGCUGCAGGCGCGGAUGGCGGCGCUGGCCCGGCGCUUGGCCGACACCAGCGAGAGCCUGGCCGGGCUCCGGGCCGCCCGCGCCAACAUCGACCGCACCAUCGCCGAGACCGAGGCGGCCUCCGGGCAGGUACUGGACAGUUCUCAGACAUUGCUAAAUAUCCUGAAGGAAGAAAGUGGGAAUGAUGUAAAGCCAGUGAGCCACAAAGCAGUUCAUUAGGACAACAAGCACAUCAACAAAAGCAUUCCUAAACUUGAUUUUCAGCCUGGGAAGUCCUGCUGGUCUGGGACAGCUGCUGUUCUGGUACAAGGACACCACAUUUAAUAAAAGCCUUUGUUUUGCAGAAGUAAA